UCACUUACUCGCUCACUCUUCCUCCACCGUUUCCCCUGGCCGGCCGUGGAAAGUAAACAACCACCACCAUACCUUCCGUCUUCCACCGCCGUAGAACACGUGUCUUCCUCUCUCAGCUGUAGCGGUGUCACACAAUAUCAGUGUUUCUUUUCUUGAGCUACCUAGUAUCUAUCAGUCGAUUCCCCUUCUAUCGAGUAUUCACCUACCGUUUCUUAACAUUUCCAUCUCGCCUUCCAUUAUAUUCUGAAUUGGUAUUAAGCUGAUAGCCGAUAUUCAAUCGCUGAGUUUCAGCUGUGCCAGGGAUGUCUAGGUUUCGAUCACUCUGGAAAGCUUCUUUGAACGCCACCAAGAAAGCUCUUACAUGGAACCUUGAAGACUUGAUGCCUCCUUCCGAGAGACUUAUUUUCAGCUUCAACUCGAAGGAAGAACUAAAGAAAUGGCAUCUAUAUUCAGAUUCAGAGUAUGGAGGUCUCUCCUCAGCUUCGUUGGAGAUUAGUGAAGUAGACAAUGGGUUGAAAGCAAUAGGUGUCUUCUCUGGGAAUCUAUCAGUAGAUCUAGCUGAGGAUUCUAAGUGGAACAUAAGUAGGGGUGGAUUUUGUGGAAUGCGUUCCAAGAAGUUUGAUGGUUUCAUUGAUCUCGAUUCAUAUGAUACGAUUGCACUCAAGCUUAGAGGUGAUGGAAGAAGCUAUAUAUCAACUAUUUAUACAGAGAAUUGGGUUAAUUCACCUGGGCAGCUAGAAGAUAAUUCCUGGCAAGCUUUUGUUCAUGUUCCAAAAGACAACUGGUACAUUGCAAAGAUUCCACUUGCUCGAUAUCUACCGACUUGGAGAGGGAAUGUUAUCAACGCAGAGAUGGAGAUGAAUCAAGCCCGUAUUCUUGGCAUGUCGCUCUCUGUCAAUGCAGAAGGUGGUGUCCCUGGUGCCAGAACUGGCACCGGUGAUUUCAGAGUUGAGCUCGACUGGAUCAAAGCCAUUCGAACAGGGGAAUACACGUGAUGUAUCCGUCCCCACAUAAUGUAAACGGUUUCCUCCUCAACAAAUCCAGGUUUGAAGCACCUUGCAGUAAACUGCACCUGUUCAGUGGCAUGCCAUAAUGUAACUCCCCAAGUUGCAGAUUGCAAACCCUCAGCCCAGUUGUAGGAACUGAGUUGUCUAAACAGACUUGGAAGUGGGGUGAGAGAGACUUCAAACAGAGACUUACAGCAGUAGCCCAUGAAGGUCAUUCCUUCUGGUGGUGCUGCCAUGCUUCCUAGUUUAGGAGACAAGCACGGUAAGGCAUGUCCUGUUGUAGUUUUUGCUAAAUGAGGUGUAUUUAGGAUGAAUCGCUAUUUGCCGUCCGUAGUUUUAUUAUUUGCCGCCCGUAGUUACAAAAAUAUUACGAUUUUACCCCUGCCUCAUUUUAAAAACCCUAAACCUAUCUACCCCAACCCAACCCUUCACCUCCCACCCCUUCUGCUGCCCACCCCUCCCUCUGCCAACGUCGGCAACCGCCGCCCAGAAGCUGCCUCCGCCGCUUUUCAAGAGGUCAAGCUCCCGUAGCCGCUGCUCCCGUCCCAGACCCAAGCUUUCGUCGCCGUUGCUCUUCCAGUCGUCGCCGCUGUGUCCAGGUCCGACUAGGCCCGGCGGACUGCGACUAAGGGACGAAGAAAAAAAAAUUACCUGGACACGGCGACGGGAGCUUGGAUCUGGGACGGGAGCGGCGGCGACGGGAGUUUGGUUAAUGGAACAGUGGCGGCUUCUGGGCUAUGGUGGCCGACGUCGGCAGAGGGAGGGGUGGGCGGCGGGCUGUAGCAUGAGUGGGCAGCAGAAGGGGUGGGUUGGGUAGAUAGGUUUAUAAAAUGAGGCAGGGGCAAAAUCGUCAUAUUUUUGUAACUACGGGCGGCAAAUAGCGAUUCAUCGUAAACAAACCAUGGUUAAUGGUAAAUGAACCAGAAGUCAUGAUGGUUGCUUAGGGCUUUACCCUACUUCUUUCUAUGGUUAAGCCACUUCUUUUCCUAGUUCUACUAACUGAUUAUUAUAGUUUAUUGCAUUAAUUACCAACCGAUGUGCUGU